GGGGGCGCGCCCCGCCGUCGCCAUGGAGACGCGCCGGCCGCUGGGCCAUGGCGGACUCGCUGGUGCUGCGGGCGCUGCGGGGCAACGCGCGGCACCUGGACCUGGGCGGCAAGAAGCUGCGGCGGGUGCCGAAGGCGGUGGGCCGGCUGCAGGCGCUGACCCGGCUCCAGCUGAGGAAUAACCUCAUUACCGAGCUGCCGGCGGAGCUGCAGGCACUCGACAACUUGACUGAUCUCAACCUGGGAAAUAACUCACUUGAAGCACUUCCAGAAGUUCUGAAGCAUCUAACACAAUUAAAGAAGCUACAUCUGUUUGGUAACAAACUAGGCAAUUUGUCACCAAGUGUGUUAGAGGGCUUAGGAAACUUAGUUUUCUUGAAUCUGAAUGACAACAAGCUGACAACUCUGCCUGCUGAAAUGGACAGGCUGUUGGAACUCAAGUAUCUUUACGUCAACAACAAUCAACUGGGUAGCAUUCCGAACAAACUUUGUCUCCUGCAGCAUCUUUGUGAGCUGCACUUAGCAAACAAUAACCUUAGAUUACUUCCACAUGAUAUUGGAUAUUUGACUAACCUAAAGAAGCUUUCUCUGCCAAGAAACCAAAUCGAGGAGCUUCCAGAAGAAUUGAGCAAACUAUGCAAUUUAAAAGUUCUCGAUGUGGCUGGAAAUCUGUUAACUAUCUUUCCAACAAAGUUGUUGGAGCUGAAAUUGGAUGAACUUUACUAUGAGCAGAAUCCACUGUUGGAAAAAAAUCUGAUUUCAUCAGCACAACAAAAUGAAGUUUUAUCUCUUCAGGAGAUUACAGCAAGAUAUAUCAUGGAUGAGAUGACGAGCAAUACAAUAAAUUCCAUUUUUAAACAUUACUCGGAAGUGAAAAAGAUAUUGGAAAAUGCGAGCAAGUGUGCUGUAUGUGGAAAAAGUUUUCUCAACACAUGGCUUGAAUGUGUGACGUUUGUUGAUCUAACACGGAAAAUUAGAAUGACCAGUUCCACACGUGUUAUCCCGGUCCGAGCCUUCCUUUGUUCAUAUAGUUGUUUCAAUGAACCAGGCCACCACUACUAUGGGAUAGCGACACCAUAAUACAGGAUAAUGACUAUUAAUAAAGUGAAGAGAGAGUUCAAGAAAGUUGCAGAGUGGUUAAUUGUCAUAUGUAGUGACAAUGGAAGAAUGCAAUUCCUACUUGCAACGCAACGAUGAAAAACAUUGUAGUUGUGAACUGUUUAUUAAAUACUGUCAUGGUGGAGCAGAGGGCGGACACGGUGGCGCAGCGGUAGAGUUGCUGCCUUACAGCGAAUUGCAGCGUCGGAGACCCGGGUUUGAUCCUGACUAUGUGUGCUGUCUGUACGGAGUUUGUACGUUCUCCCCUGCAUGGGUUUUCUCCGAGAUCUUCGGUUUUCAUCCACAGUCCAAAUACGUAUAGGUUUGUAGGUUAAAGCCCUGUCCCAAGGUACGAGUUCAUUCCAAGAGCUCUCCCGGGUUUAAAAAAAAUCAAACUCGUGGUAACCACGGAGAAUGAAGGUAGCGGGUACGUCGGAGCUCGGGACGUCUCUCAGCGGCUAGUAACGCUAACGCCAGGUACUCGGGAAGACUCAAUAAUGGCAGGUAAGCACAGGAAGACUCGUGAAGAUUUUUCAACACGUUGAAAAAUGUCCACGAGAGCCGAGUACCGUCGAGUGGCCAUUACCGUAAAUCUCCGAGUUCGAAUCAGGGCAAAGUCGGGAGAGCUCUUGGAAUGAACUUGCACCGUGGGACAGGGCUAAUAAUCGGCUUGAUAAAUGUAAAAAAUGUCCCUAGUGGGUGUAGGAUAGUGCUAAUGUGCGGGGAUCGCUGGGCGGCACGGACCCGGUGGGCCAAAGGACCUAUUUCCACGCAAUCUCUAAAACUAAAACUAAAAUACAAUUAAGAUCAUAAUUCUAAAUAAUAACAAGGGGAAGUUCAUAAAGAUGAAGUCCAGGUUGUUCUUACGUAUUCACCAAAUGGCAAACAGGCUGUUUCAAAGAUGCACACAAAAUGCUGGAGUAACUCAGCGGGACAGGCAGCAUCUCUGGAGAGAAGGAAUGGGUGACGUUUCGGGUCCAGGCCCAUCUUCAGACUGAGGGUCAGGGGAGAGGGAGACACAGAGAUGAGGAAGUGUAAGGUGUAACGAGACAUCAAAAGAGAUGAAGGGUCCAGGACAUUUUUUAAUAGAUCAUUUUUAGCUAGGAGAAGGUGACAACGAAGCAUACAGAGAUAACAUUUAAUCAAGCGGUCAGGCUGGUCGGAGAACUAGGAAAGGGGAGCGAUGUCCCAUUCUACACCGUGUUUGGCCCAUAUCCCCCUAAACCUGUCCCACCCUUGUACCUGUCUAAAUGUUUCUUAAAUGUUGCGACAGUGCCUGCCUCAACUCGUUCCACACACCCACCACUCAGUGUGUAAAGGUUACCCCUCAGGUUCCCAUUCAAUCUUUCCCCCCUCACCUUAAACCUAUGUUCUCUGGUUCUUGAUUCCCCUACUCUGGGCAACAGACUUUGUGUGUCUACCCGAUCUAUUCCUUCCCCAAGGGUUUUGUAUACCUCUACAAGCAAAGGAGAACGGUGAGUAAGGUGGUGAAAAAAUCCUAGCGAUAUUUUGUGCUAAUUUUAAAACAACACAAACCGGAAGAGGACAAGAUGAGAGUUUUAGUAAUAGGAUAGAUAGAUAGAUAGAUAGAUAGAUAGAUAGAUAGAUAGAUAGAGAGAGAUAGAUAGAGAGAGAGAUAGAUAGAUAGAUAGAUAGAUAGAUAGAUAGAUAGAUAGAUAGAUAGAUAGAUAG